GGCAGCGCUGCUCGCAGCCUCGGAGAUACGAGAGGUGCCCAGUCUCUGUUUGAGAUGAGAGGUUAGCAAAGGUUCUGGAAUCUUUGGUGUGAUGGAGGGCGAUUGUUUGGUUGUUGUCUGGUGCGCUCCAAGCCCAGCGAAGAGAGACAGGAAGAAAGCCACUCCACCUCGCGCAGAAGGUACUCAACAGCGUUUCGGUCUCGUUGUUUCCAACCGAUGGUCACCUCAGUGGGAUCUCAAAUUCGAGGAUCUGUACAUGGAGAAGGUGCCCAGACGUGUCGACACUUGGGGCUCCACCACGCCCUGUCCCUCCACAGCCAGGUCUCUACCUCUUCCUCCGCCGCCGAACGAGAGCACAGGGCCCAGGCCGAGGGGGCCAAUACCCUUCGAAAGAUUGGUGCCAAAACGAAGUGCAAAAGACCUACGAUCCGUGAAGUGACAGGAGGGGAAGAAAACGCUGUGUAUGAGGAAAAUGAUGAUGCUCGGUCAACACGUCAAGGUUCUCGUCACCGGGGGGCAGCGAGUCCUACUCGUUGCGCGACUGGCGCAAGAAACCGGGCGCAGGGUUGCAGCCCUGGCCGGCCUCAUUGCACCGGCGGCAAGCAACGCCGCCCGCAGGGCGCACGCAGAUGGCGCCGCUCUCAAUGCAGGCAACGCAGCAGGGCUCUAAGGGAUUGUUCGGGUCGAGAGGGCAACAGGCAGAAUGGCAAAGAUGAAGGGGAUGGGGUGUUAGACGGGGGCUUCAACAUCAGGUCUCAAUCUCGUAUCUUGCUUACCUCGUACUCGCGAACCGCACGCGCAUACAUCUAUGAAGGAGACAAGAGUUAGUGAACUGUUUUACGAAGAUGUGGAGGACGAAAGAGUAUUUGAGGGGCAGAGUCACUGGCUUGAAGGUCUGAUGAGGGUAGAAAAAAGAAGAGGAUGGUGGUCGUGAUGAGAGAAGAGCAGAGUUGACUCUCCCAUCACUUCCAAAUGACAAGUGGAAGAGGGCGAAGCGAAAGGCAAAGUGAAGGCAAGAGGCAGAUGGAGAAGGAGGGAAGUGGAAUUUAAGUACAUACCUCUCCGAUGGUGUCGACCUUGACGUCGUCGUCAUCGUCGUCUUCUUCUUCUUCGUCAACCGCGCCCGCGCGAGCGGGAGCACUCCCCGGGGCGUCGGCGCCCGGUUGGUGCUGCUCACGAGGAGCCACGGCGACGGGGGUGCCCGCGAGGGCGGCGGAACCAACGUUGGCAGCGCGAGGAGCCAUGGUGUCG